AUGCCGCAUGAGGACGGUGCCGCUUACUACCCCCUCGUAGCGACGGUAAGUCUGGGAGCAUCCAUCGUCCUGGAUCUAUAUCCCAAGGGCCAGCAGCGCGGCAGAGGGGACGAUAGCGACGGUGAUCAACGACCGCAAUAUCGGAUUUUGCAGGAGAGACGGAGUUUGUUGAUUACAAGGAAGAAGAUCUACACGGAAUUUCUGCACGGGAUCGCAGAGACGAGCAAGGAUGAAUGCCUGGAUGCAGACUCGAUCUGUAACUGGGAUUUGCUGCGGGAACCGGACCGGUACCGAUGUGGGUGGGCGGAGCGAGAGACCCGGAUCAGCCUGACAUAUCGAGAUGUUCUCAAGGUCGCCAAAGUGGGAAAUACGAUGAAAUUCCUCGGGGGGCGGUGA